AUGGAAAUCAAACCAUCAUAUAAAGAACUUAUCCACACUAUGGAGUUCGAACCCUACAAGCCUAAAUACAUUGAUUGGAGUGACGACGAGGAAACGGAUGAAGAUGAGGAAUUUAAAUAUGAGAUUGAUUCAGAUGCAUUUAGAUGUUCGAGUGGAAUUGUGGUUAGCGAAAACGACCUUGAUGUAGUCAUUAAAAUCGAUUUAGAGGACUUUAAUAUCGAUUAUCAAGUGUGUAACAAUCUAUUGGCAAUAUUUGGUACCAAAAAACCAUCAACAAAGAACAAUUUACUUCAAAACUUUGAAGACGUUAUUGACCCGUCAGUAACGACUAAUUCAUUAAUUGUACCGGAGACACCAGGUGGAAUGCGCGAGUACAAAUCCUUUUGUCAUCCAGUUUUGUUACCGGAAAAUGUUGACACUGAAAAAAUCUAUACCGAAAUAAUUGACGGAAUUCUAUACAUUAAAAUACCAAAAGUUUUUGACGAUCUAAAUUUAAAAGAUAAUUUAUUGGAGGCUGGAAAAUGUGCACUGUGUCAGUGGCGAAAUUGUUUUAACAAGUAUUUUCCCGGUAUCUCAGAAUUAUAA